UGUUGUUGUUUUUAAAAGAUUUCAGCUAAAACCGUAAACGUGAGGUGAGAAGCCGUUUAUUGAUCUGCAUGAGCGUAUCACUUCGACCCGUCGGCAGUUUCCGAAACGUACCGGAAAACUUCUGGAUCUGCCUUCAAAAUAAAAGUGCGACAAUCCGCUGUAAAGAGGAAUGGUCGUAUCAAAGGGUGUUUCAAUCAUUCAGAGAGUCAUGUAAAGGAGUACAGCAAAGUACUCAAAUAAACGAUGCAAAAUGUUCUAAGAAUCAUCGAGAAAAACUGUGAUGUGGCUUUUAUUUUAAGUUGUCCAAAGCAUUGGGACGUGUUAAAAUGAUCACAGGUGUGACUGUAGAUUUACUCCAGAUGUGCUGCGGUACGCACAAGAGGACAAUCCAAUGCAAACACAUCAACGGAUACUAACAACGCGCCUGUAGGCCUGUCCAACAGUCCUCCCGUGUCCCCUGAAGACACGUGCGGUUUACUUUGAAGGGCGCAAACGGAAGUGGUGCAUCUCACCGCUUGUCUCUUGAGGGCGGCGUGGCUUCCGGAGGAGGCUGAGAGAAUCAGAGACCUGCAGCAGCUGGACCGACACAUCUGGACCAGAACACAGCGGAGACCUGCGGGGGAGACGGACAGACAGGCAGACAGAGGCAGACAGGCCGGUGUGGUGCUCCGGGUCGUUCCGGGCCGCUUCAUGGGGGACAGCAUGGCGGAAGAGACCCGGGUUAUCUACCACCUGGACGACCAGGAGACCCCCUACCUGAUCCGGAUCAACGUGCCCGCGCAGCGCGUCACCCUGGCGGACUUCAAACAGGUCCUGAACAAACCCAACGUCAAAUUCUUCUUCAAGUCCGUGGACGACGACUUCGGGGUGGUCAAAGAGGAGAUCAGCGAUGAUGAUGCCAAGCUGCCCUUUGUGAAUGGACGAGUCGUCUGCUGGCUGGUCUCCUCAGAAACCUGUCAGCCAGAUUUCAGGGGCUCAGACAUUCAGUCUGUGACCACGCCCACCAGCCUGGCUCCUCCCCCUGUGGAGAGGACAGGUGGGAUCGGAGAUUCCAGACCUCCGUCCUUCCAUGCUGCAGGUGUGAACUGUCAGAAUGAGCUCCAGGGGUCAGAGGUCAAUCCUGUAGCUUCAGGGAGUGACCAAGGGCGUCUGAACGGCCACGCCCACAAACAGGCUGAGCAGAAUGGGGCGGAGCCAGCGGGUGGAGGUGACAGCUCGUCAACCCAACAGAGCAGCCAAUUAGAGACAACCAGUUUCUGCUCAUCUGAGGAAGACUCAGGGGGAAGGUUCAGCCAAUCAACAGGCCAGAGCAGCUCCUCACCGCGACUCAUCAGGCGACAACGCCGCCGCCACCGGAAGCCCAAAGCACAGCGAAUGGAGAGGUCUGUGUCUUUCAGCAGUGUCACUGACUCCACCAUGUCCCUCAACGUCAUCACUGUAACUCUGAACAUGGAGAGGUAUAACUUCCUGGGUAUCAGUAUCGUUGGUCAGAGUAACGACAGAGGAGAUGGAGGGAUUUACAUCGGCUCCAUCAUGAAGGGCGGAGCGGUGGCAGCAGACGGACGCAUCGAGCCUGGAGACAUGUUACUGCAGGUGAACAACAUCAACUUUGAGAACAUGAGCAAUGACGACGCUGUCCGAGUCCUGAGAGAGAUCGUCCACAAACCAGGCCCAGUGACGUUAACGGUGGCCAAAUGUUGGGAUCCAAACCCACGGAGCUGCUUCACACUGCCGAGGAGCGAACCGGUCCGACCCAUCGACCCCGCUGCGUGGGUGUCACACACCGCCGCCAUGACAGGAAGUCUCCUCCCACACUAUGACGUGCACGAAGAAAACCACCUCACCAUCCACAGCGACAUGACAGCUGUCGUCAAGGCGAUGGCCAAUCCCGCGUCGGGCCUGGAGGUUCGGGAUCGGAUGUGGCUGAAGAUCACCAUCCCUAACGCCUUCAUCGGUUCAGACGUGGUGGACUGGCUCCACCGUAACGUCGAGGGUUUCACCGACCGCCGUGAGGCUCGCAAGUAUGCAGGGAACCUGCUGAAGGCUGGCUACAUCCGACACACCGUCAACAAGGUGACCUUCUCUGAGCAGUGCUACUACGUGUUCGGAGACCUCUGUGGAGAUCUCGGUGUGAUGUCUCUGCUGGACCAUGAAGAAGCUUCCAGUCGAGGAGGAGGAGGAGGAGGGGGAUCAGACUGUGACCCGCUGGCUCCAACUUCUGGUCCCCAGUGGCCCCCAGCCUUCCCCUACCAGUACCCCGUCCCUCACCCCUACAGCUCGCCUCACCCCCUCCACCCGCUGCCAGCCUGGGGAGGAGGAGGAGGAAGUCAGCACAGUGAAGGAAGUCAUAGCAGCGGAUCGAACUGUAGCGACGCUGAGAAAGAGGGAGGAGGAGGACGCAGCGAAUCAGAGCUGACCAGACAGGAAGCGAGUGCAUCGCCUGAUAAGCAGCUGAAGGCGGAGUCACCCGGGGACGACAGGACCCAACGACACCCGGCCUUCAUCUCUGGUUUCCUUGGUAACAAAGACUCAAAGGACCUCCCGCCGGCCCCCUCGCCGUCUCGAGCUCAGCGUCCCGACCUCUCUGCUUCCCGACAGUCCUUCUGUCUUGCCAUGGGAAACCCCAGUGAUUUCUUUGUGGAUGUCAUGUGACCCUGUGAUGGUGAUGUCACAUCCUGGAAACACUUUUCCUGGUUUAAAAGUGUCACAUAUGUACGUAAAAGAAAUUUGUACACAGUCCACUGAUGGUGAUAUCAGAGUCAUAUUUAAGUUUUUAACAAAAAUCCACUGACUGGAAAACAUAUUUGUUUUCAAGUGUUUGAACUCAUUCAGGGAAGUUUGAAUUUUAAGAUAAUUUCAGGAGAAAAGCACGUCAGAAAUGCAUUUAUUUACAUUUACGUGUGGACGACACUGUGGACUGCUUUAAAUGAUGCUGGAACAGAUGUGGCCUGGGAUCACCUCGGGACGCCCCAGUAGGAGCUGGAGGCUGUGCUCCAUAAGAUAAACGGAUGGAGGACUUGGACCGCUCAGGCCUCGGGGAGGAAGCGACGUGGAGUAUUCGUUUACAGGAUGAUGCGGUUGUUAAAUACGAACCGGUUUGACCAGUCCCUGCCGCGUCCAGUUUGUCUGCACCGUUUGUUUCUCAGUGGAGCCCAAAACUACUGAUCAAGUCGAGCUUGUGUACCUCAUCGUUUAUCGAAUCGUUUGCUGUCUUUUCACUCACAUUUCUGAUGAACAGCUGACAUGAGAUCACACUGUGCACCUGAGCUCCUCCCACAGAGCACACCUUUAAUAUUCUAUAUUCACAGAUGUGUAUACCAGAUAUUUGCCCAUAAACCGUUCAAACUGGUGUUGGUACAAAGCUUGAUGAUAAGCAUCCAGAUUUUUGUUUUGUUUUGUUUUAUGAGCACAGUUUUAUUUUGUCUCUGCUGUCUGUCUUCACUUUCACAAGCUUUUUAACAUGAAAAAAACACAAUAAAAAAAAUUUC